AGGAAUUAACGACUCGCUGCUGGAGAAUUUAACGUGCCGCCACUGGAGGAUUUAACGACUCGCUGCUGGAGGAUUUCACGACUCGCCACCGGAGGAUUUAACGACUCGCCGCUGGAGAAUUUAACGACUCGCCGCUGGAGGAUUUAACUUGCCGCCGAUGGAGGUUUUAACAACUUGCCGCUGGAGGAUUUAACGUGCCGCUGCCAGAGGAUUUAACGACUCGUCACUGGAGGAUUCAACGACUCGCCGCUGGAAAAUUUAACGUGCCGCCGCCAGGGAUUUAACGUAUGCAUUGUGUGCGUAUGAGCACAGCGUAUCGACUACAUGCAAAACGUGAAUGGGCAAAUUAUAAACGCUAGGGAAAGGUUGUCAUCGGUUAUUUGCAAGUAAUGGUUACCUAAAUAUCAGUUGAACAGCAGUUGCGUUGUUUUCAUGGGCGCCUUGAGAAAAAAACGGCAAACAGUGAAUCCUGAUUUUUAAAAUGAAGAUUCAAGCACAUCACCGACUGAGUACCAGAUAACCCCGCCGCCGACGACGACGACAAAACAGUCGACAAUGAGCCACGUAGAUUUUCUUGACUUUACGUCACCAAGCCAGUCAGCGUCAACGUCAUCAGUCGGCGCUAUUCCGUUCGGCUUCAACUCAAAGACAAACUAUGACGCCAACGAAUCUCUCAUCCAGAUACGGAGUGAGAAUUUCCUUAGGAAACCUGAAAUUAAGGAGGAAGACAUUUGGAAACGGCCACCACCGGACUUCCGGCCACAAAAGUUCGCACCAAACCCACCUAAACGCAAUUCCCGCGAAUCUCAAAGACCGUGGCUAUACGGUACUAUUCCGGGGCAACGGGAAAUUGUUAAACGGGAAAGACCGAAAGUAGUUCCUCAUUUGUUAAAACCGAAGUCUCAGGAAGAUAGAGGAUUAGUGACAAUGUUUCAUAUAGACCGGCCAUUUACGGCGAAGAAAAAGUUUGUGAAAGAAGGGAUGUUCUACCCAGGAGAGUUUCAGAACCCCGCACCGCACGACUUCAGAGGGUAUCCGCCACUGAAGACCCUGGGGCUUCCGGAGUUUGAACAGAAAACUGACAAAGAUCCCUACAACAUCAAGUUUCACACAGAUCGACUCAACAUCAUCCACGGCGCUCGAGUGGACAAGGCGACAGACCGAGAGAUCAAGGGCCUCCAGAUGGCACCGCCAAAGUCCCCUCCGCCGUUACAUGAGUGCCACUUGUUAAUCGACCCGGGACCUUGGCCCGUCAAAAAUGAACAGUUUACGCGUCACCGCCAACGGCAUCGGCCGGCCAGGAGCGCGUUUAUGGAGCGAGCGACCCGUACGCUGGAGUCGGAGUGGGCACGUGAAAAAUACGAAAAAGCACUCCGGGAGUCUACGGACGCCCGCGACCAGCAGCGCCUAUACCACUCCAUGGUUACCGCCUCCAAGGCCUGAGGCUACCACUUCCCUUGUGGUGGACAGGAUGCCACUCUGCUUUCGUACCAAGACGCUCGGAGAUGAAUAAUCGACGUUGACCAACUACCACUUUCCUCAUUUUGUGAGAUCAACAUCCGAAAAAAGUUUUUUUUUUGUUUUGGUAAAAACAGCAUAUAUAGGAAUUUAUAUCGAUCAUUUAUAAUUUAUUGUAGAGGAACAUUCAUAUCAAUUGUUGUAACACAUUUAAAAAUUGUAAAGAAUCUUCCAUCAUGAAUCUUAACCACAAUGAUUCUUUUCACCAGCUCAAAAUGUGUCUUAUAAAACAUUAAUUGUGCAAUUAUGUAUCUUGAAAAAUAUACGUGCUGUGAUAUAUAUGUUUAGGAUUUAUAACAAAUUUUAGAAUCAUUGUCAGUAUUGAAUAUCUUCACAUUUAAUGUAGGUAUACUUUGUUAUUCUUAUAUGUUACUAUGGGCCGAUUGUUCAGAACUUUGUUAAAUUUAACAUCGUUGUUAACUUCAUCGGUGUUAACUUCAUCUUUGUUAACUUACAAAUGAAUAUUGCUCUGUAAGUUUCACAGAUACACUUAAGAUCUUCAGUAGUCCAAACAAGAGUUGAGACAACUGUUUCGGUUGUACUUGUUUUAAAUAUAUGAACACAUCGUCAAAUAUUUCGCCUUUAAACGUUAACGACGAUGUCUUUAUCCCGUUGUUAACUUUAACAAAGUUCUGAACAAUCAGGCCAAUGUUUGUUAUUACUUUCACUUAUGCUUAUGUUGAUAAUCAUGCACAUUUAAUAACAAAUAUGUUAUUUUUAUCAAAUAUAUAUUAAAUGUUA